AGAAAGAAACGAUUUGCAACCAUGGCUGCCGGCAACCUGCCAGGAGAAAUAAUAUGGGAUAUUCUUUCAAGACUUCCAGUGAAAUCUUUAAUGCGUUUCAGGUGUGUUCACAAGACUUGGUGUUAUCUGUUUACAACAUCUUCUUUUGUCUCUGCCCACCUUAAAAACCACAACAAUGAGAAACAGGACCUGGUAUUCAUAAACCAAAGCAAUACUGGCCAAGAAAAGCUGAAAGCAUUGUUGCUUAGAGAUGAUACAUUUGAUGUCUAUUUUGAUAUCUGCAUGCCUUUCACUAGAUCUUGUUUUGCGUCCAUGAACGCAGUUGGUUCUUGUGAUGGGUUGGUGUGUUUAUAUUAUGAUCAGCAUUUCAUUGCUGGUAGAAAAGUCCUUCUUUAUAACCCUACCACUAGGCAACACAAGAUUCUCCCCGAAUCCCCAAUUCCAGGUCCACCAAAUUUCCGUGAAGUUUCAGUCACAAUUGGGUUUGGUUAUGAUCCCAUCAUUGAUGAUUGUAAGGUUGUGAGGAUAGUUUCUUGGCUUUUGUAUAAUGAAAGGCUUAAAGCUAAAUCCAACCAAGCUCAAGUAUAUACGUUAGGCACAAAUUCUUGGAAAGGAAAAGAAAUACUGAAUUCUGUAGAGUUUGAUCCUUGUGGAAAUCAGGCUUUUGUAAAUGGGGCUAUUCAUUGGUUGGUACGAGUACGAGUGUUGGAUUCUUGGGUCAGACAUUAUGCAAUAGUUAGAUUCAAUGUAAGUAGUGAUGAGAUCAUCAGCUUUUUACUUCCUCGUGUUGUUGUUCAUGGAAAAGUUUUGGAAAGGAGAGUUGAUGUGUUUAGGAGUUCGCUUUGUGUGGUCAAUUCUCUCAAUCGACGACAACGCCAAUGGUUUGAAAUAUGGACGAUGGAUGAAGAUGGUGGCAAAAAGUCAUGGACUAAACUACAUGUUAUUGGACCUUUUGUACCUUACAAAAAAGUCAUAGGAUUUGGGAUGCAUGAAAAGUUGCUUUUGAAAGGAGAAACAGGCCUUACCAUAUUUGAUAUUAGUCGUAAAGAAGGAAAGCACUUUGCAAUCGAUGGAACUUUUGGCGCAUUCAACGCUGUUGCUUUUAUGGAGAGUCUAGUCUCCCUCAGGGGAGGAGAAAAAGAAGCUGCCGCUGAUGAUGAUCAUGAUGAUUAA